AUGGCAAAUGCUGUGAAGAAUGAUAAGUGUGAUGAAUCCCAGAGGCAGAGGUUGUCUGAUCUCUGUGCAUCUGUUGUAAGCAAUCCAAAGGAAACAAGUAAGCUGGACGAGCUAUUUGAGAGGCUGAAGAAGUCACCUGGGAUGGCGCUGGAGAUAUGGAGAUACGACUCGAUGCCAAUUUUCCUGCUUCAGGAGGUGGUUGCGCCGUACAUGAUCCUGAGUACAAGCAAGUUCGAUGAAAGAGAGUGUCACCGGCUGUACACGGUUCUGAAUAUUCUGCAGAUACUGGUUAGCGAACCGAAGAUAAAGAAAGUCUUCGUCGAUGCCAGGUUUCCCUACUACAUAUACAGAUACCUGGUGAUGUCUGAUUCCAACUCGAAGCACGAGACGCUGCGGAUUUCUGCGCUGGGAGUGAUUGCCUCGCUACUUCAGAAUGGAGACCAGUACAUACAUAAGCAGCUGAAGACGACCGAGGUUGUCCCUCUCCUCCUCAAGAUAGUUGAUCUAGGGUCUGAGGCAUCUCAACUGCUUUCUGCAAAUAUCUUUGGACUGAUAAUAGGGAAUGACGACGGACUUAACUAUGCAUGCCAGACGUUCGACAGGUUUUCGGCAAUAAACCUAAUGUUUAACUCACUGGCAUCACAGGCUGUUAGUCUUGGAUCUACAAGGCUGAUUAAAGUGGCGCUGCGGAUUUAUAUCCGACUCUGUGCAAAGCCUCACAUCAGGGCAUUGCUGAGUUCAAAGAAGCCUGACGGGCUAUUUACCGACGAGGCGAGUUUAUUAAUCGCAUCUGAUGGGGAGUGCAAGGCUCUCUUCAAGACGUUUACCAACUUGAUAUGCUGA